CGCCGCUUCCUGUAUGAGCCGCUGCUCCCGGCCGCUGCGCUCCGUCUGCAGAGAGUCCCCGGUACGGACACACGCCCGGUCCGCAACUUUUCGCCGGAGGUCUCCGCCGCCGCUCUCCUACGUUUGACACCGCGGCCAACGCGCCGGGAGAAUGGAUUUGUGAACGGGAAGUAAACCGGAAAAGAAAAAACCCCUGAGCGCCCGACGCGAGUGAAAGUCGCCCGACCGGUUGAAUUCAGCUUGUUUCUCUUCUUCUCCGCUUGGUUGCCGGUCGAGUUGUCGGAGCGCAAAGAAGGAGAAAAUGCCAGUUGCAACUCUCCUGCCUUUCACCGCGACCCCGAGUCGGAAGUCGGCCAGCCCGACCUCCUUCAGGCUGACGGAGAAGUUCAUCCUGCUGCUGGUGUUCAGCGCCUUCAUAACUCUGUGCUUCGGGGCCAUCUUCUUCCUGCCGGACUCGUCCAAGCUGCUCAGCGGAGUUUUCUUCCACUCCGCCGCGGUGGAGACCAACACCCGCACCGGCCCCGACGGCGGCGACGCGGGCUCCUCCGGCGGCGACGAGCGGGUGCUGGCCAAGAUCCGGAAGGACCACGAGAAGGCUCUGCUGGAGGCCAAGGACACGCUGCAGAAGCGCGCCGACGAGAUCCAGCAGGACAUCGUCGACGACAAGGAGAAAGUUGCCAAGGAGAGUUUGCGUCGAGGCGCGGAGGGGGCGAACGGCUUGCCCUUCGUCGAGUACCACCGGCCGCCCGGCACCACGGGCCGCGAGCCGCUGGACGCCGGAACCAGGGAGCGACGGGCCAAAGUCAAGGAGAUGAUGAAGCAUGCAUGGGACAGCUACAGGCGCUUCGCUUGGGGUUCCAAUGAGCUCAGGCCCGUCUCCAAGCAAGGCCACUCAAGCAAUCUAUUUGGACAUAUAAAAGGAGCCACGAUCGUGGAUGCCCUGGACACGCUCUACAUCAUGGAAAUGUUUGAAGAGUUCGACGUGGCCACCGACUGGGUGGAGAAGAACCUGGACUUCAACGUGAAUGCCGAGGUGUCCGUGUUCGAGGUGAACAUCCGGUUCGUGGGCGGUCUGCUGUCCGCCUACUACCUGUCCGGAAAAGAGGUUUUUCGUAGGAAGGCUGUGGAGCUGGGUGAAAAGCUGCUGCCAGCCUUCAAAACCCCCACCGGCAUCCCCUGGGCUCUGCUCAACCUCAAGAGUGGCAUUGGCAGGAACUGGCCGUGGGCGUCCGGCGGCAGCAGCAUCCUGGCGGAGUACGGCACCCUGCACCUGGAGUUCAUGCACCUCGGCAAACUCUCUGGAAAUCCAGAGUUCGCUCAGAAGGUAAUGAACAUCCGCAAAGUCCUGAACCGCCUGGACAAACCUCAGGGGCUGUACCCCAACUACCUGAACCCCAACAGUGGCCAGUGGGGCCAACAUCACGUGUCCGUGGGCGGCCUGGGCGACAGUUUCUACGAGUACCUGCUCAAGGCCUGGCUGAUGUCUGACAAGACUGAUGAGGAAGGCAAGAAGAUGUACUAUGAUGCCCUGCAGGCGAUCGAGACCAACCUGAUGAGGAAGUCGAGCGGCGGGCUGACCUACAUCGCCGAGUGGAAGGGCGGGCUGCUGGAGCACAAGAUGGGUCACCUGACCUGCUUCGCGGGCGGCAUGAUCGCGCUCGGGGCCGACGGGGCGCCGGGCGACAAGACGGGCCACCAGAUGGAGCAGGCGGCCGAGAUCGCCCGGACGUGUCACGAGUCUUACGUCAGGACGGCGCUGAAGCUCGGUCCAGAGGCGUUCCGCUUCGACGGCGGGGUGGAGGCCAUCGCCACCCGGCAGAACGAGAAGUACUUCAUCCUCCGCCCCGAGGUCAUCGAGACCUACAUGUACAUGUGGAGGUUCACCCACGACCCCAAGUACAGAGAGUGGGGCUGGGAAGCCGUGCAGGCCUUGGAGCAGCACUGUAAAGUGGAGGGAGGCUACAGCGGCAUCAGGGACGUCUACGCCUCGACCCCGAACCACGACGACGUACAACAGAGCUUCUACUUGGCAGAGACACUCAAGUAUCUCUACCUGCUCUUCUCCGACGACGACCACCUACCGUUCGACCACUGGGUGUUCAACACCGAGGCCCACCCCCUGCCGGUCAUCGCCAAGGACAAGACGGAGCGACCCAACGAGGUGGAGUAGCAGCGCCUCCGUCCUGCGCCGGCGUUCCACGGGAAGGAAGCGAGAAAAAGAACCAAGUGCGAGAACGUCUGAUCCUGUGAACCUGAGCCUCCGUCCGCCUCGGACCGUUGGGGUCUCCGACGGCGACGGGACGGAUUUCACCUCUGUUUCUCCAGCGGGAUCAAAACUGAAUUUGAGUCCGAUUGGAGCAGAGUUCUCGCUGCAGAGUCCAGUCUUUAGUUCUUUUUCUUAAGCGCUAGUUGAGUCCAGACACUGACGUGGACCAACUUUAUACAUUCUUUUUUUUUACUACUGAAUAAUGUGAUAAACGAAUCGGCCCUGGAUACGAGUUUAAAACGGAUAAUGUGCUAAAUUGCAGGAUAAUGCAUCUUCAGACUGGUGUUGUGGGGUUUUGUUCUUUUUAGUUUUCUUUGAUUAUGAAACUGGUACUUUGUGGAGAUGUGGUGGGGGUUUGUCACCUUAAAGAAUCCGAUCAUCACACUGUACGUCCGACAGUAUUUGGUGGGACGCUGCAGCCGCGUGAAGGAGAAACACCGACGGACGUGAACCAGUCGUCUCCCAGACGUGGAUGUUGUGGACCCAGAUUUUUGUUGUGUGUGGGGGGGGGACCAAUCACAGAUGGACUCCGGCUCUCGGGCCGGUGAUCUGCAGGAGGAUCCGCUCGCCUCUCACGCAUCGUCUUGUCUUUUUCUGUACGGCUUCAAGAUCUGAGCAGGAACCGCUUUUGCCCAAACUGAGCUUCGACACCGUCUUCAGUUUUUGAGGAGUCGCAGCACAACCGCCUUCUGCUUCUGCUUCCGCCGCCUGCAACACCUGACUCCUUCCUUCCGUCCUCCGAGUUCGGUGACACCGGCUCCUCCGCUUCCUGCCCGAGACGUUCACACAAGGUUGUUCCUGUUCCUCUGCGUCUUUGUUUCGGCUUCUCGGCCUCUGGGUUUAUUUCUCUCUUCUCACGUUUGCACCAAUAGUCCAGAGGUUUGACCGACACAGGAGCCGGAGGAAAGAAAACUCAAACGGCAUUUUGAGAGUAGAUUCCGGAGCUUUCACCCACAUCUUACAGUCUUCCUCUUCAAAGCGGCCAUGGCCACCUUGGAAGGCGCCCUGUGAAUCAAAUACAUUAUUGUUAUCAUUAUUAUUGAACUCUUAAACUCACUCACCCGCCGUGCGAAGGAGCAGGACCAUGACGAGUGGGUGAAAGCUCCGGGGGAAAGCUUGUCAAGUUAAGUUUCAUUAGGCUGUCGUCGUUGAAAUGUCAGUCUUGUUUUCUUUCUCUUGAAGUCUUGAUGUUCAACGUCUUUAAAUCUAAAUCCGGUCAUGUGUAGAGACAAACUCAAACAACCUAGUUAUAUGAAUUCAUAUUUGUAGUUGUCAUCAGCGGACUAGUGGUGAUGUCACGUGUAUCGGUCGGACCUUCUUCUUCUUCUUCUCCGUCCUCUCCGUCCUCCAGCGUCCUUGAGGCUGCAGGAUCUUCUCUCCUCCGUGAGGAGACGCAGACUCUGGACUUCGCCUGGGACCUUUCCCCUCCGCGCACACACACACACACACACACACACACACACACACACACACACACACACACACACACACGAGAAGCCAAACUGACUCGACGCAGACCUUCCCCUCCUCAUCCUCUACGUCUCCGUGCCGACGCGACCUGUCCUCGGCAGAACGACGUCCCGCUCGCCCCACUUUUCAUAUUUCUUUCCGUCUUCCUCCAGGCGCCACACAGAACUGUGGCCAGGUUGGAUCCAGUUUAGUCUUCGAUCUAGUGCCUUCGCUGUUGAGCAGGGUCGGAGGGAGGGAGAGGCGGCUCACACAGAUCACAGACCAGUCGAGUUUCAGCACCAGAGUCUCUGAGACCAGAGGGAGAGUUCCGUCUCCCAGGUCCUCCGCUCGCCAACACUGACAUCUAGUGGUGAGAGGUUCUCAUUACAGUGCACGUGAGACCUGGGCUGAAGGACGAACACUCCGAUACUCUUUCAUAGAUUUGAUCCUAUUUUGAGCUCAAAACUUUUUGGAAAAACGCUUCAACGUCUGCGAAUCUGGGAAAGUAUGAAACCGAGAAAUCGGACCUGAAUCACUGAAACGAUAUAUUUCAUGUAUCUUCAUCCCAAGAGAUGUUGCCAGGGAUGUAUUCAUCAGUGUUUCUUAUUUCCAGCGAAGCCCCGGUCCUCCUGCUCCUUCCCACUGAGCUUUAAUCAGACGACUUACUGUACUAAUGUGCUUUGAAGACGUUGAGCCCGAGAACCUCCGAGCGGGAGAAAACCAACUCCUACAGAAAACACACCGCAGCAGUUUGUAAAAGGAAAAGUCCAUGUUUCCGUAUCACUUUACAAAAAAAACCUAGAUUUGUUUUAUUACGUCCACGCGUUUAAAAAGAAGAAAGUUUAAGUUUAAAAGUUGGCUACUGCAGAAAGACGCCGACGCGUUGAUUUCAGAAAGUAGAAGAAGAAGUGAACCAGAAGUUUGUUUUACCAAAUCAUGUUUCAUCAUCAACCUCAGAUCAUGUUAUGUUAUCCGCCUGGAGGGGGAGAUCGGAUGGAAGUGACAAAGUCACUACAUUUUAUUUAUUUCUUCAUUUUUUUCUCUAAGAAUAAAAACCAAAAAUAAGCACGUGACGCCCCGACACACGCGCGUCAGUCAGCCGCGUCCUCGUCUCCAUCGCUGUACGGACUGAGUCUGUUCCACCUUAUGAUCCAUGUGACGAUGAACUGUAAAGGUGCAUUUUGUCUUGUUAUUUCUUUUUUUUUCCUUUUUGCUGACUUGUUAAUUUAUUCUGUAGUCGUGGACGUCUAGAGGACGCGGGGGGGGCGCGGGGAUGUGACCCCUCCGCUCCAGCAGGUGGCGCUGUGGGUUCACCGGGUCACAAUCCUCCACUCGAGGCUUCAGGAGCAACUUCCUGUUUAUCUGCCAAAAAUCACGUCGCGAGCUACAAGGUGAGAGCUCGUGGGGGGAAAAAGCUUCCGCCAAUAAUUCAUAGACGUAUUUAAAAAAUGACAAAAAAAAACAAAACAAAAAGAGAAUCUUUGUAUCUUUUGAUGAAGUGACGUUUAGUCGUGGCAGAAAGAAUCAAAGGAAGUCGACCGAACAACGAACUGUAUGAAUGUAUGAUCCAAUGUGAAGUGGAGAGGGUGAAUAUCUUCUGUGUGCUUCUGUUAUCGCUUAAUUUAGUUUUAUCUCGUUAAGCACAUACGGGGAAAGGUAGGUGUGUGUGUGUGUGUGUGUGUGUGUGUGUGUGUGUGUCUGUGUGUGUGUGUGUGUGUGUGUGUGUGUGUGUGUGUGUGUGUGUGUGUGUGUGUGUGUGUGUGUGUGUGUGUGUGUGUGUGUGUGUGUGUGUGUGUGUGUGUGUGUGUGUGUGUGUGUGUGUGUGUGUGUGUGUGUGUGUUCGUCGUGUAGGAAAUGAUCCCGAUGUGUUUUAGUUUUCUUCUUUCUGUGGAACAUGAAAACGGCCUCGUGUUCCUCCUCGUCGUUCUGACGCCGGUGGAGGUUCAAGUGUUCAUCGUACGGUGAAGUGUUCAGAUGCCGACGCUGCUCCGCUCGCACGCGUCUCACCUUGAAACUUGAAACUCUGGUCCGCGGUGCCGUGACGCUGCUUCGCCAUCGCUCCGGGUCGCCCGCAGUGAUUUGGUCCCGUGACUGUUUCCACUGUAAAGACGCUUCAGUGUUUUGGAUUUUCUUUUUUUCCUUCACAUUUAAAUUCAAGUUUGAAGUUGGUGACCAUUGAGCUGGGGACCAAUGAAUGACCUUCAUAUUGUAUGAGGCCAAUGCGACGCUGGUUAUAUUCAGGCCGUUGGAUUUGAUCUCCUGGUAAAGUGACGUUAGAUGAUACAAAAGUAUAAAAAUACAAAACUAUUUUCAAUUAUUCAAAAUGGAGAAAAGCAGGAAAUCUUCACAUUGGAGAAGCUGGAACCUGACGAUCGUCGUACUUUGUUGUUUAAUGAGUUGGUCGAUUUGUUAUUUCUUGAUCGUUGAUUAAUCGGAUAAAGGGGCAGUACGUGAUUUUAAAGAAAGAUCUUUCGUCGUUGAUUUUUUUCCCCCGACUCUACUGGUCGGGGCUCGAGCCCACGGCCUCGGUUACGGGAGACGGACGCGCUGACCGCUAUUGGCCAAAACCCCUGAGUCGUAGCGUCUGUCGGCAGCACUUUCCUUAAAGUGUCGGGGAGUGAGUGAUGUUUACAAAUGUUUUCAGCACACGGAAAUAUUAGUGGAAUUUGACCAAAGUGUCUAUUGGAGUAAAAUCGCGCACUGCCCCUUUAAAGAUUUUGCUUGUUUCAACUAUAGAUUUUGAGCUUUUGAGUCGCCCUCUGGUGGAAGCAUUAAAUAUUUCGGCUUGAAAAACUGGGCGGAGAACUUCUCAUGAACCUUUACUUCCUGGUAGAGGAGCGACGGUUCUCCGUCUCCGUCCCGUGUGUUGAGGUUCGUCGGUGAAGUUCUGCGGCUUUAAAUCAAAAAAAACAACCUUCGGCUCGUUGGAAGAUUUUUUUUACUUUAGACUCAAAUGUCUUGUUCACCGCAUUUUCCGGAGGAAGUCUGAUUUUUUUUAUCACAUUUUUGAAAGUUUCUUUUUUUGUUCCCGCUCGUGUGACACUGAUGUGGUCGAUUCACUUCCUGUUCGGGGAGGAAGUGCAGGUGGUCGUCCAUCACUGUAACGUGACAUCAGGCAUCUGCUCCUUGUUUGGUUUUAAUUUCCUUAAAAACGUUGAAUUGUCUUUCUGGUGAUUUUUGUUUCUUUUUGGUUCUGAAUGUUGUAGUGUUGACGGUCUGUUGCGUUCCGAUGCCUUUCAACCAGUGGAUAUUAAAGGGGAAUGACGCCCGUUUUAGGAGUUCACUUUUUAUACUCAGCUUCCCUUAAAAAGUCUGAAUAAAUCUGUUUGUUUUCCUGAGAUUUAAAUAACCUCAACUCCUAAAAAGUUUGUCAUUUCCCUUUAAAAGGUCUAAACGUGUGAAACCAACCUCAGAAAUGUUUUUGUUCAAACUAUUGCUGAUAAUCAUUCCAUUGCACAUAGUUUACUUUUGCAUUUAUAUGCAAUACUUUUAAUUUUGUGGGGAAAUUUGUUUUAUUGUGUUAAUAUUAUUGUUGUUGUUGUUCUUAAUAUUAUUAUUGUUAUUGACAACAAAAAAUGUAAAUAUUCCAUUCUGGCAAAUGGGCCGUUCUACAUUUAUAUAAAAAUCUUGCUGAGAUUAUGGAUUAAAAUGAUAUUAAUAAGCAGCAGACUUUUUAAUAAACUAUAUUUGUUACACUUCUAUUGUGAAUAAAGAAAAUCUUUUAAUAA